GCGGGGCGGGGUCCGCGCGCGGCGGCUGCAGAGUUCGGGCACAGAGCGGCCGGCGCCGGCGCCCCGGCGCAGAUGCUGCAAGUUCACAUCCCGUCGGUGGGGCCCGAAGCCGAGGGGCCCCGGCAGAGCCCGGAGAAAGGCCACAUGGUGUUCCGAGUGGAGGUGCAGUGCAGCGGGCGCAGACACACCGUGCUUCGGCGUUACAGCGAGUUCCACGCGCUGCACAAGCGGAUCAAGAAACUGUACAAAGUGCCGGACUUCCCCUCGAAACGCUUGCCCAACUGGAGGACCAGGGGCCUGGAGCAGCGGCGGCAGGGCCUGGAGGCCUAUAUCCAGGGCGUCCUGUACCUGAACCAGGAUGUGCCCAAGGAGUUACUGGAGUUCCUGAGGCUUCGGCACUUCCCCACGGACCCCAAGGCCAGCAGCUGGGGCUCGCAGCUGCACCAUCGGCCUGUCCUCAGCUUCCGCCUGGAUCCCUACCUCUGUGCCCCCUCCCCAGAACCUCUGCCCAACAUGGUGGUGAAUGGUGUGCUCCAGGGACUCUAUGGCUUCAGCAUCAGCCCCAGCUCGGCUCAGCCAAAAGCUGCCGGUCACCCUUCUGCUCUGCCGCCCACGCCUUGAGCAGCCACCCGCCGGGACAGUCGUGUGCCUCAGCCCCUGCGCUCUGUCUCAGGGACGUGGGCUGGUCCUCCGGUCCUGGUGCAGGGGUCGGCCUGCACUGGCAGCUGGGGUGGGGAGUUCACGCGUUCCUGGAGCCAGGCGCGAAUGGUCAAUUUCGAGGUAGGCUGUGACAGGUCCAGGUGUGUCUGCACUUGGAGAAGCAGCGGCAGUUUUAAGGCAAGGGCUGAACGCCGUGCCUGCCUACCUGCCUCUGUGGGAACACCUAAAUCAAAGGGCCAGGCACCCAUGGCGAGCAGGGAGUCCCCGCACGCCAAGAACCCAGCCCACACGCAGGUUAUAAAAACCCCCCCUUGUUUAUUGGUCAGUGUUGGUAGGCGUUUGUUACAAAACGGGGCCGGUGGGCCUGAGGAAUGUGAGGGGAGUGGGGCCGCUCCGUCCGAUGCCAGCAAGGGCCAGUGCAGCUCGGAGCCCCGGGGCGGGCGGUCGUCACCCCGAGGACAACAGGCCCGCGCAGA